CAAGAGGAUUAACCCUUUUCCUGGCAAGCCCUCUGAAGUUUACAACAACUGUGGCAAAUCUUUAUCUGGAAAGGGCUUGAGGAACCUUAAAAUGCCACCCCAACCCCCACCGCCCCUCACCAAGCCCCAUAAGCCCUACUUCUUCUACGGUCACCGGAAGCCCACUCAGAACCGCCCCACAGUGCGUGGCGGCCUGUUCUCAAACCGCCAAUCACUCAAUCCAAAAAAAUUAAGCUUCCCCACCACCUCCACCGAGCCCUUUGACCUCCAAAAGUGGGACCCAGAUGACAAAAAUAACCAGGGAGCACGAUAUACAAAGGACCCGUCAGAACAAUUCUUCUCCGUGGCCAAAAAUCUUUCCCCCAUUGCUAGAUACAUAGUGGAUGCUUUCAGGAAACACAGGCAGUGGGGGCCUCCACUAGUGGAGGAGCUCAAUAGGUUGCGCCGUGUCACGCCUAAGCUUGUGACGGAGGUUUUGAAGUUUCCCAAUGUUGAUCCUAGACUCUCUUCUAAAUUCUUUCAUUGGGCUGGUAAGCAGAAGGGGUACAGGCAUGAUUUUGCGUGUUACAAUGCAUUUGCCUAUUUUUUGAAUAGGGUGAAUCAGUUUCGGGCUGCUGAUCAGGUGCCUGAGUUAAUGCAUAUGCAAGGGAAACCGCCCAGUGAGAAGCAGUUUGAAAUCUUGAUCAGGAUGCAUGCAGAUGAAAACAGGGGUCUGAGGGUGUACUACGUGUAUGAGAAAAUGAAGAAAUUCGGGGUGAAGCCAAGAGUCUUUCUGUAUAAUAGAAUAAUGGAUGCCUUAGUUAAGACCGAUCAUCUAGAUUUAGCCAUCUCUGUUUAUAAUGAUUUCAAGGAGGAUGGGUUGGUUGAAGAGAGCGUCACUUUUAUGAUUUUGAUAAAGGGCUUGUGUAAAGCAGGACGGAUGGAUGAAGUGUUUGAUCUUUUAGGUCGGAUGAGGAAUAAUCUGUGCAAACCAGAUGUGUUUGCUUACACAGCAAUGGUAAAGGUGUUGGUUUCAGAGGGAAAUCUGGAAAGUUGUUUGAGGGUUUGGGAGGAAAUGCAGAGGGAUGGGGUUCAUCCUGAUGUCAUGGCUUAUUCCACUUUAAUCAUGGCAUUAUGUGAAGGGAACCGGGUUGAUAAAGGUUAUGAAUUGUUUAAGGAAAUGAAAGUGAGGAAGUAUUUGAUAGAUAGAGCUAUUUAUGGGUCUUUGAUUGAAGCGUACGUGGCAGAUCAGAAGGUUGGUUCGGCUUGUGAUUUGCUAAAAGAUUUGAUGGACUCAGGAUACAGGGCUGAUUUGUCAAUAUAUAACUCCCUUAUCAAAGGUCUAUGCAGCGUGCAACAGGUUGACAGGGCUUAUAAACUUCUCCAAGUAACAAUUCAAGAGGAUCUCCAGCCAGAUUUUUCUACUAUGAAUCCUAUCUUGGUGUCUUAUGCAGAGUCAAAAAGAAUGGAUGAAUUUUGUACAUUGCUUGCACAAAUGCAGAAAUUGGGUUAUUGUGUGAUUGAUGAUCUGUCGAAGUUCUUCUCUUUUAUGGUGGAGAAGGAUGACAGAGUAACACUGGCUUUAGAAGUGUUUGAAUACUUGAAAAAGAAAAACUAUCGUACUGUUUCAGUUUACAAUAUAUUUAUGGAGUCUCUGCUCAAGAAUGGUGAAGUGAACAAGGCAUUAGAACUGUUUCGUGAGCUCAAUGAUUCAGACUUGGUUCCUGACUCGAUAACUUACAGUAAUGCUAUUCUAUGUUAUGUUGAAGCUGGAAAUAUACAUGAAGCCUGCACGUGUUACAACAGGAUUAAAGAAUCCUCUUCAAUUCCUUCAAUUGAUGCCUAUUAUUCUCUUGGUAAAGGCCUUUCCAUAUUAGGAGAAGUAGAUGCGGUCGUAGAACUUGUUCGUGACUGUUUAGCCCAUGUUACAAGUGGUCCGAUGGAAUUCAAGUACACCCUCACAAUUAUCCAUGUCUGCAAAUUAAAUAACGCAGGAAAGUUAAUUGAUGUUGUCAAUGAAAUGGUGGAUCAGGGUUGCCCUCCAAACAGUGUUAUAUAUGCAGCUAUCAUCUAUGGCAUGUGCAAGCAUGGAACAAUUGAAGAGGCAAGGAAAGUAUUUGCACGUAUGAGGGAGCUCAAAUUCCUAAGUGAAGCGGAUGAAAUAGUCUAUGAUGAGAUACUUGUAGACCACAUGAAAAAGAAGACGGCAGAUUUGGUAUUGUCUGGGCUGAAAUUUUUUGGUCUGGAAUCAAAAUUAAAGGCAAAGGGCUGUACAGUCCUGUCAAGUUGAGAAUGUAAAGAGUAAAGAGAUUGUUUUGUAAGUUUAGUCAUGUUAACAUCCUAAACGGAUCAUUGAUGGCAGUACUGAGGAGUCAGAAGGCCAACAUUUCCUCUAUUGAUUUGCUGGAAAAUGAGAGAACGAUUGGUGAACUACUUACCAUAUGAGACUUUUGCAAUAUUGGAUAUGCUUGGACUGUGAAAGCUUAUUGAAAAUGCAUACAUCUGGGGUUCAGUUUUCUCCUUUGUGGGGUCUGUAAAUAUGACAUGAUGUUCAUAAGUUGCAGAUUUUUCAUUUUCAUGCGCAGCUUAAGUGCAGCAAUGGGAUUGGUGAACCUUUACAGGUGCAGCGGAGCUUUAGGGAGUUCCUUUUCUUGUUCUGAAGUUUGGAUAUAGAAAGAAUUGAAUAGAAUCGUGCUGCAUCAUCAUACACAUGGUACGUGAAAAUUAUUUGAAAGCUGUAAUUGCAAUAAACUGCUGUCUAGACUCUUAAAAGAAGUUGUGCAAGUGCGUCCUUAGUGGUGAAAAGUUCUGCUCGGAGCUAGUUUUGCUUCAUAUCAACAUGUCGCUUCACCUAGAGUUACAUUUUAUCUCUGCUUGGAGUAGAAUAACCUGGAACCCCUAUUCCACACCCCAAGGGAUUCAUAUCUUAUCUGUCAUUUUUACUAUCAUGUGAGAAGGGUUGCUAAAAACCGGCACGCUCUCAUCAUAAUUCUUUCCCAUGUGGAUUAUUCGAUAUGUAUCCGAGAGCUGGGUGGAAUUUGAUCUAUUUUCUUGAAAAAGCUAAAUGAAUUGCAUCUUAAUCAAGGCAAGUCCUUGAGGCAUAUUGUUUCUGGAGAUAAUUUCAGGGUUUUGGAGACCAUCAUAUAGGAAUCAUUAUGUAAGAGGGAUGUGAUUGCUUUUGUUGAGUUUGAGUUGCAGUUCUGAAUGGGAUUAUGUUGAUGGGCAAUCAUAGGGGACUGAUACUGGCUAACGAGUAUUUUAAAAGCAAAUUCAUGGUGAAAAUUUCAGAAAAUUCUGUUAAGUUUGUCUUCUUGUCUGCAGUUUCAUUUGUUGUUUCAAUGAUAUUCUGCAGCUUGCAAUGCUUCCAAAACGCCUUUAUCAUGUGAUAACUCUGAACUGGUAUUUAUCUGAUCUGGUCAUUAUCACAACAUUAGGCUUCAUUCAAUUGGCCCGGUCUAUAUGCAAUUUCUUCUCUUCGCUGGCUCAUUAUUAAGUUAACAAGCUCUUUCAGUGAUUCUGUGUAUUGCAGUCCCUCCUUAGAUCUUCGUUCUGUGAUGGAAAUAUGUAGUAAAAUUAUAGUCAUUCACAUGAGCAACUGUGAUCUGCAAUUAUAUCUUUCUUACUGUUAACACAUCACCUGGAAGUCAAGGCUAUGGCAUGGGCAUCUCGUUGCCCCAUUCCAAUGCCUUUGGUUGUAUAUGCCUGUGAUGGGUGGCUUCAGCAGAGAGGGAGGCAAGGCAGUGUUGGUUUACUUGAUGGUAACGUUGUUGGAUGGAAUUAGCCUAAAUGUAUGGGGACAGAAGGAAAGGGAAGGUCGAGGGCAUACUAACCGAACUUAGCUGAACACAGCUAGUAGACUACAUAAGUGAGAGUUUUUGGGUGGAUUUGCUGACAAGAAAAGCAACUGAAUGGAGGCUGUUACUUGGGCUCUUGUAUGAGCAACUUCAGCCUCGGUGGACGGUUAUUAUGGCCAGAUGGCUUUUGUUUGUUGGCGAGGACGGUUAUUAUGGCCAGAUGGCUUUUGUUUGUUGGUGAGGGUGUCAACUAUUUAUAUUCGGUUAUGCUACAUGUACAUCACGAGUCAAGAUUUGUUGUCCAAUUUUACCGUACAUUUAAUUAAUUCUUGAUAUAUCACCAAUAAUUAAUAUGUUAUCUCAAAAUUAACCUCAUUAAGUCUUCCAUCCUUAACCGAAUUCCUUAUAUUGAGAGCAAUGAAAGCUGGGUUUUUCCGUA